AUGCCUAUCGUCUACGAUGAACUACACGCACAAGAUGAACGCAAUCCAAAUGAAAUAAGUUUUAGUUUCAACGACCAAGAAGCUCAACCCGCUAAACGGACAAAAUUUAACUACAAACAUAUUGGAGGGUCUACAGGAGUAUCCACUGUGGUCACAGCUUAUUUCGUUGAAUAUUUAGUUGAUGACUAUUUAAUAUCGGUGGUUUGUGAAGAUGUGGACGCAUUUGUGAGGCAUCAGACAAAGAAAUUGGCAUACUUUUCAUUAACCCUUUUGAAACGCGAUGGAAAUCAGAACUUGCUAGAGCCGAUCAUCAACAGAGUGUGUCGAUGUUUGGAGAACUCAUUGCAAUCGAGAAAUGAAAAGUUGAAAGUGGAACGUAUCGAUCUGUCAGUUCUCGAAAUAAGCCAAGCUGUAUCAGCAGUCAACCUACUCGACCAAGAGAUUCUACAAGCGGUUGGUGUACAUUUGCCGUUUGAAGAGCGGGUAUUCAAAGCUGAUGACUUCAUACCUCUAAUCGAAGGUCAGAGACAGCAGAGGUUGGAUCUGGGAAUUAUGUUAUAUGAAUUUUCAUUGCAAGUGUUAGAGGAAGUGAGAAAGCUCUUGACCUACACUUCCAAACUCAAUUCUAUCAUUAUUGCCUAUACAAUUAUUGAUGAAAGAUGCAUUGAGUUGAUUGCCGAAGCAGGGCACUCGUCAGAUGGAGAGACUGUCAAGUUUUUAAUAUAUCGCUCUAAUGAUCCAAUUGAAGAAAUGACCAUGCUCAACCUGUUUGACAACAAAUGUCCUAUAAAUAUUUUCGAAAUCCCUUCGAUAAUGAGGUCAAUUGCAUCAAAUUUAGAAUUUUCUCAGAUUCAAUCACUUCGAAAAGUGUCUAGAGGUAUCCGACACUGUGUUGACUAUAUCAAACCAGAUCCGCAUAUCCUUGUGUAUUUCAUGUUUCUCAAGAAUUCUUCGAGUGUUAAUAUUGAAGGAAUGAUAAAUGGAAAGAUUGAGGGAAACUACAAGGGAUCUCUGGAACAGGAUGCAGUUCAAAUUAACCUCCCUCAAUCUCCAGUUUUUUGGAAAUUCAAAAUACUCAUCAAAACCUGUUCAGCUGAAUACUUUCUUGCAUCAUUGGGAGAACCUUAUCGUGUCGUCAACAACCUCAAGUAUAUAUGGUUUUUCCGUAUUGAGAAUACAAUUGAGAAUACUCUGUUCUAUCUUCAUAUAAUGUUCGAACAAGGACCACUUCCAACUGGAGGCCGUUUGCAGUUUGCAAAAGUUCAUCAGAACGACACUCCAUUCUUUUGA